AUGGAGGAAGGGGCGCGGCCGGGCCGGGCCACCCAGGGGCGGCUGCUCCGGACGGGGCGGCCGGGCGCGCUGCUGCUGCUGCUUCUGCUGCUAGCCCAGGGUCUUUGUGGCCCUGCCCCGGAAGGGCUCGUCUUCGUCUCCACCCUGGACGGCAGCUUCCACGCCGUGAGUGAGAGCAGCGGGGACAUCCAGUGGACCCUCCACGAUGCCCCGCCUCUGCAAGUGCCCCCGGAGGACGCCGCCCAGCCAGCCUUCCUCCCGGACCCCAGCGACGGCAGCCUCUACGUCCUGGGGGGCAAGAACAAAGAGGGCCUGAUGAAACUGCCCUUCACCAUCCCGGAGCUGGUGCACUCCUCCCCCUGCCGGAGCUCGGACGGGAUCCUCUACACAGGCAAGAAGGAGGACACGUGGUUCGUGGUGGACCCGGCCACAGGGCAGAAGCAGAGCACCCUCUCCACCGAGGCCUGGGAGCAGCCCUGCCCCUCCACCCCUUGGCUCUACAUCGGACGCACCCAGUACGUCCUCACCAUGUACGACCCCAAGACCCGCGAGCUGCGCUGGAACGGCACCUUCCUGGACUACUCGGCGGCGCCCCUUCACCAGCCCGAAGAGGAGGCGGGCUACGGCCUGGCUCCCUUGGCUUCCAGCGGGGACGGGCUGCUGGUGACCCUGGCGGCGGGCAGCGGGGAGCUGCUGUGGACGCAGGACCUCGGCUCUCCCGUGGUGGGGCUCUACACCUGGCGCCAGGACAGCUUGCGCCGCCUGCCCCACCUCCACGUCGCGGCGGAGAGCCUGCGCUACUUGGCCCUGCGCGCCCACCACCUCCCGCUCCGCCACUGCGACUGGGACGACUUCGCAGCCAGGACGCAGCUGCUGCCGACGCUCUACGUGGGCCGCGACGCCGCCUGCCUCUAUGCCUUCACCUCCCUGGUGCACGCGGGGGUGGCGCUGGUGCCUCAGGGGGUGACGCUGGCCCGGCUCAGCGGGCCCACCACCGACGACGUCACGCUCCAGAAGUCCGGCGAGUGCGAGAUCACGCCCAGCACCGAGGUCCGCUACCCCAAGGGCAGCGUCGCCCGCCCGCCCAGCCGCUGGCUCCUCCUGGGGCACCACGAGCUGCCCCCGGUGGUCCACACCACCAUGCUGCGGGCCUUCCCGGAGCCCCGGCUCAGGAGCCCUGCCGCCCGCCCCAAGACGCUCUUGGAUGAACUCCUGACCCCCGGCGGCCGCGAGGACGGAGCGGCGGGGAGCCAAGGCCGGGCAGAGCCGCCCCUGGAACUGCCUGAGGCGGACCGGGUGGUCCCCUGGGAGCUGGUGGGCUCCGGCGUCGCCACUCUCUUUCUGGGCGGGGGGGUCGCCUGCCUCCUGCUGUGGCAAAUGCAGCGGCAGAACCGAGAUCAGCAGCAGCAGCUGGAGCAGCAGCUGGCGGAGCUCUUGCAACAGCGGGGGGACCUGGGGGGGUCCCCGGCAGGCGGCCCUUUGCAGCCAGAGCGGCGGGCGGCGGGCCCCUCUUCUGCCCACGGGGAGUCCGGACACGGCGCAACUGCAGCUCCAGAAGGCGCCCCCGAACCCUUCGUGGUGGGGAAGAUCUCCUUCAGCCCCCAGGAGGUGGUGGGCCGUGGGUCCGGGGGAACCUGCGUCUUCAGGGGCCGCUUCGAGGGCCGGCGGGUGGCGGUGAAGCGCCUGUUGCCCGAGUGCACGGGCCUGGUGGAGCGGGAGGUGCAGCUGCUGCGCGAGUCCGACGAGCAUCCCAACGUGGUGCGCUACUUCUGCACGGAGAAGGACCGGCAGUUCCACUACAUCGCCCUGGAGCUGUGUGCCGCCACCCUGCAGGAAUUCGUGGAGCGCACCCCCCGCGGCGACCCGGUCCCGGACUCGGUCUCCCUGCUGCAGCAAACCAUGUCUGGCUUGGCUCACUUGCACGCCCUCGGCAUAGUCCACCGGGACCUGAAGCCGUGCAACAUCCUGAUCUCGGCCCCCGACGUCCACGGGCGGGUCCGCGCCGUCCUCUCCGACUUCGGCCUGUGCAAGAAGCUGCAAGCCGGCCGCUCCACCUUCAGCCUGCGCUCCGGCGUCCCGGGCACCGAGGGCUGGAUGGCCCCCGAGCUGCUGCCAGAGGCCCCGCAGGAGAACCCGACCUCGGCCGUGGACGUCUUCUCCGGCUGCGUCUUCUACUACGUCCUGUCCGGUGGGCAACACCCGUUCGGAGAGCGCCUGCACCGCCAGGCCAACAUCGCGGCCGGCAACUCGCAGCUGGAGCGCCUGCAGCAGCCCCACACGCCCCAGAGCGUGGCGGGGCGGGAGCUGAUCGAGGCCAUGCUCAGCCGCGACCCCCCGCAGGCGCCCCCGCCCCCCAGGUCCCUGGCCCACCCCUUCUUCUGGAGCCCCGCCAAGCAGCUGCAGUUCUUCCAGGACGUCAGCGACCGCCUGGAGAGGGAGGCGGCGGGCGGCCCCCUUCUCAGCGCCCUGGAGGCGGGGGGGCAGGCGGUGCUGCGGGGCAGCUGGCGCGACCACAUCUCCGUCCCCCUGCAGACAGACCUCCGGAAGUUCCGGGCCUACAAAGGGAGCUCCGUGCGGGACCUCUUGAGGGCCAUGAGGAAUAAGAAGCAUCACUACCGCGAGCUGCCCCCAGACGUCCAGGAGACCCUCGGAGCCGUCCCCCACCAGUUCGUGCAGUACUUCACCUCUCGCUUCCCCCGCCUCCUGCUGCACACCCACCACGCCAUGCGGGCCUGCGCCGGGGAGAGGCUCCUGCAGUCCUAUUACUACCCGGAGGAGGAGCUGGGGACGGAGCGUGCUCCCCCCACCGCCAGCCAGAGACCUCCCUCCCCACGGGGGGCUGCGGGGCCUAGCUGA